AUGCAACUAGAACUGGAGCAGAAAAUUCAGAAGACCCGUGAAAGAAUUCAAGAACGACAGAAACAAGUGGAUUUGCUGCAAUGCCAGGCGGAUAAUGCCAUUUGUUGCGGUAACACAGCCUUGGCUGAGGCUGACAAUGUUUUUGCCCUGAUCGCUCGUCUGGUGGAGAGAACUAAGACAGAAGCAAAGGAAGACAUCAGAUCUCAGCAGGAGGCCGAGGAGCACAAACUCAAAGAGCUUCAGGACAAAGUGCAAGAGGAGAUCAUCACGCUGAAGGCAAAGUACAACAAACUGGAGAAGCUCUCACACUCUGAGGACCACAGCGGCUUCAUACGCACGUUCCCAUUUUUGUCUGAAGUUGAUGAAACUCCAGACUCCGAGCCGUCCAUAUGUGAGGAAAGACCACCAAUGUUCUUAGAUGUGAUCACAAGUGCAGUAGCUGAGCUCCGGGAGAAGCUGCAGGACACAAAUGCACUGAAUCAAGCUGCAGGCGAAGAGCAGGCCAAGCACAACACAACUGCAUGGCUCACUUUCCCACCAAUUAACUACCAUGGCCAAUCUGUCCGCGCCUACCAACAGCAGCUCCACGCCAUGCAGGCCCAGAGGUGGCUUAUCCUUCGGAACGUGAGGACCUUGCGAGCAGAGCUGUUGUACUACGCCCAGAGCCUCACCCUGGACCCAAACACGGUCCACUGUCAGCUGGCUUUGAGCGCAGACAACAACACUGUGCGCUUCAUGAGCUCGGAGCAGGAGCAUGUGGAGCACCCUGAGCGCUUCACACACUUCUCUCAGGUUCUGACCAAAGAGGUUCUGACGGGCCGCUGCUACAUGGAGAUCAAGGCAAGAAGUGAAGAGUAUUUUACAGUUGCUGUGGCCUACAAGGACAUGAGAAGAGAAGGGCUGUCAGACGAGUGCAGCCUGGGCAACAACACAAAGUCUUGGGCGGUGGAUUGCUUCAGUGACGGCUUUGUGUUCUGGCAUAACAAAAGGAGCCUUAACGUGAGAGCAAGACCGUCCAACAAAAUUGGGAUCUAUGUGGACGUGGAGGCUGGGGUGCUGUGCUUCUACAGCGUGGGUCGGGAAGCCUCCCUGAUCCACACCGUUCACACCAGCUUCACUGAGCCGCUGCUGGCCGGCAUCUGGCUGAAGGACGCGGCCGACUGUGCCGAGAUCUGCAGCAUCACGCCGCGCUAA